AUGUCUUCACUGCUCUAUGGCAGAUCAAAGAAAUGUCAAUGUAUGAAUCCAAACGACUCAAAACCAAUCAAAGCUCAGAUAAUCGUCAUAAAACAGCUGGUUAUAAAACAGCCCGUCAUAAAACAGCCGGUUGUUGAAACCAAGGUUGAACUGCAAGAAUAUAUAGAACUGGAAGAAAUCUUUACCAAGUAUGGAAGUAUCAGAAAAUAUUCGAUAGCUGCAGAGCGAGAGAAAUCACGUUGA